AGUAAUUUUCGUUCUUUGAUUUUAGAUUUACGUGAAAAGUUUGCUGCCCUCUAUUUUGUUGAUUAUAAAAUAUUUCAAUGAGAAAUAAACCAAUUAAAGUGCCUAAACAUAUAAAAUAAAUGAAAAUAACUAAAAUAUUUUACAAGUGUUUGAUAUUAGCAAGGAUAUCGAAGUGAAAUCGUCAUUAAAAUGAAUUAAAUUUUGUCUAUGCUGUGAAUCAAGCAAUGUAAAGCGAAAAGUGUAUGGGCAAAAGCAAUUGAGAAAAAAACAAAAUCAGUGCAAAAGCAAAAAUAAGUAGAAAAAAAGAACGCAAUCCAAACGUAGGAAGAAAAACGGAAUCUCGCUGUGUUGCUUACGUCGGCAUCGACGUCGACGUUUCGUAUUGUUUUUCGUUUUAUGUUGUAUUGUUGUUUUUGUUUUCGCACCAAGCGGAUGCGUUGGGCAGCUAGCAAAUACAAUACCUCCGCGGCAAUACCGAACAAGCAGAUUUAAACGAGAAAGUGCCCAAAAGAGGAGAACAAAAAUACACAUAUAAGUGCAUACACAUACACAAACGCUUGCGCAUAGAAAAAGAAGAAAAGGCGAAAUCAAAUCAAAUUAAAUGGUUGAAUGUGAGGUGCUAUUUUUGUUGUAUUCGUCUGUGGUGCAUUCACACUUUCGAGUGUGCAACUGCUGUGUAGGAUAGAAGCAGCGGCAGUGGCAUCAAUACCAACAACGACAAAAACAAUUGAGUAGUGUACUGAGAGAAUAGCAGCUUGCUAUUCUUGUUCUUUUUUUCAUUGGCUUCGAGUGUACAAACUCAGUGGGAGUAUGUGUGUGUGUGCAGCAACAGCGAAGUGAAAAUCAGGCAAAUGAAAAUGAUUACGAAGCGGGCGGACAAACAUUGCCGACGACACAGAGGCUGCGGCAGUCAGUGUGGCGUUGUUGUUUAAUACGUUUAUAUCGUUAUUAAGAAUUGGGCGUAAUUGUAAUUUUCUUCGCGCAUAAAAACUACCACAAACUAUUCCUAAGUGUUGAGUGAAAAACCUAUAAGAUACAUGAAAAUAUUAAAAAUACGUUUAUCAAUGUAAAAUAUGUGUUGUUAUAAAAUAAAUAUAAAAAUUUGAAAAAAAAACGAAUUUAAUAAGUUUUAUAAAUAUAAUCUGUGUUCAGUUCUAAUUUGCAAAAAUUAAAUUGCUGGUUUGUGUAGAGUGUACAAUAAGGAUUUUUUCUUCAAGCAAAUAAAGGAAAUUUUUAUUAAAUAAAUAGACGGCGCAACUAUUGGAAUUGAUGCUGAUUAAACAACCAAAAGCUAUCGGAAUGUCAUCGUUAUAUCGAUUACAAAGGAUUGAAUGAAAAUGACAAUAUUGCAGAAAAUUGACAUCGAAGCCACUGUAAGAGAAUUGAAUCCUUUUGAAAUGGCUUACUAAAAUCUUCAUUGAAUUAAGCAAGCAAAACAAAUUGACCGAGUCAUUUAAAAAAUAAUCAGAAAAAUGCGAUUCAACGCAUUUGAUUGUGAUUGCACAGUAAUGCAGCUGCAGCAACGACAACACAAACAAAAACAACAAGAAAAUCAGAAUGUUCAAAUUCAACGGCGAUCGAAGCUAACGCAGUCGUCAGUGCAGUGGUGCACAACGGAAGCGAAUACCGCGACUAUUAACCACGACAACCACAACAAAAACAACAAUGGCGAUAGCAGCUCUGUAUGCAGCAGUAGUGAUUGGCACGCAAAUUUUGCAAGGCGACGGCGAAGGAGCAAAAUGCCAAUUGCAGCGCAAAUAAAACAUGAAAAUAACAGCGCUAAUUAUUGUAAUUUGCAUAAAAUCAAUCGACUACUACUAAUUGUCGCUGCUGUUGCUUUGUUGAUAACGCUAACAGCAGCGGCACUGACAACAACUACAAGCGCAAGCGUCACGACUAGCACUGCAAUUAUGAUAGCAGCGCUGACAACAGCGACAACAACUACAACAACCUGCAUAUUGAGCAGCGGCAGCAGUAUGACAAUAACGAUGUUUGUGUUGCUCGCACCCGUGUCGCUAAUUGGUCACAUGAAUACGGUUGCAGCAGCCGCCGUGCCCGCCUCGUCGCCACUAUCUGCGCUGCAACAACAAAGACAAUUACAACAGCAACAAUUAUUUGCGAUGCUAACAAAAAAUCGACAAGGCAAUGGUGGCAAUGUGGCAGUGACUGGUGGUGGCGGCGGCGGUGGUGUGGAAGUUGGCGUCGGGAGCGAAGAUGCCGCUAUAGCGACUGCGUUAACUGCAGGAUUAGUGCCCAAACAUUUUCUAGCCGACAUUGAGGUAGAUAAUGGUGAUACGUCAUUGGAAACAGCUGGUUUUGUGGCCGAUGAUGGUCAACGCUAUGAGAAGGCUGUAAAAGCGCAAGCGGCUGCGGUCAGUAGCAGAGCCGUUAGUGGUAUUGCCAAUGAUAGUAACGGUGGUGGGCGUUUAUUUGGCGUAGCUGCAACAUCCGCAUGUCCAAAAGAAUGCAAAUGCCUGGAUGCAUAUUUCGAUUGUGAUGAUAAACUUUUGGAACGUGUACCCACUCUGCCGGGCUACGUACAAAGACUCGAUUUAGUGGGCAAUAAACUAAACAAUACGAGUGUGCUGCAGAUAAACAAUCUAACGGAAUUAAUACAACUCACUUUGAAACGCAACCAACUGGAAAGUGUUCCUGUCUUCAUUGGACUCACCGCGCUAAAGCAGCUGAAUUUGGCUAAUAAUCGCAUACAACGCAUCAGCAGUGAGGCAUUGGAUGCUUUACCGCGUUUGAAAACAUUGGAUUUGUCCCGAAACUUUUUACAUGCCGUGGAGUCCAGUUACUUUCCAACCAAUAAUCGUUUGGGGCAUCUCAUUCUCAACUCAAAUGAGAUUAGCAGCAUUGAUGAGGACGCCUUUCAGCAUCUUGGUGACUUAUUGGACUUGGAAUUGAAUAACAACCGUUUAGUGUCACUGCCCGCCGGUGUCUUUCGCACACUCCAAAAAUUGCGCAAACUCUCUUUGAACAACAACCAUUUAGAAAUCAAUUGGUCAACAUUUCGUGGACUUUCGUCGCUGCAAAAGCUGUUCCUCAAAUCCAAUAAUAUACGCACACUGCAGGAUGGCGUUUUCUAUGUGAUGCAUGCGAUUGAAACAAUCGAAUUGGAUCACAACGGCAUCACAUCGCUCAGUCGACAGGGUCUCUACAAUCUAACCAAGCUACACCACUUGAGUUUGUCGAAUAAUUCCAUUUCGCGCAUUGAGUCCGACACAUGGGAGUUCACACAAUCGCUAAUCUCGCUAGAUCUGUCCCACAAUAACAUCAGCGAAUUCAAGCCGCAGCACUUGGAUUGUCUAAAGCGUUUACGUCAUUUGAAUUUAGGACACAAUAAAAUACAAUACUUGGCCGACAAUACGUUUGACUGUGUGAAAAAUUUAGAGGAUCUGAAUUUGCGACGCAACAAACUGGCUUGGAUCAUCGAGGAUCCGGGUGCAACGCCGCCUUUCAAGGUGCUGCGCAAGCUCAAGAAACUGGAUUUGUAUGGCAACAACUUGAAGCAGAUCAUGAGUAAAUCGCUAAGCGGCUUGAGCAGCUUGGAGUCGCUGAAUUUGGGCGGCAAUGCCUUGGCCACCGUGCAGGCGGGCGCCUUCGAUCACAUGCCACACUUGCAAAAGCUAAGCUUUAAGUCGUUGAAUUUCAUAUGCGAUUGUGAGUUGACUUGGUUCCAACGUUGGCUGCGACGCUACAAGCAGUCUAGCAAUGGCGCACAAGUCCAAUUGGAAAAUGCAGUUUGUGGCUAUCCGGAGGAAUUGUUCGAUCAUCAGCUGUUAGCUUUGAGCAGCAAUGACUUAACGUGUGUAAAUUCGCCGAAGCCCACCAUCAUACAGGAACCUGCUAGCCAACUAACUGUACGCGGCGCCAACAUCACCAUGGAGUGCAUCGCCAUUUCACCAACGGCGGCAUCUUUAGCGGCUGCCGAUGAGCUGAAAAUUAAAUGGCGCCACGAUAACCAAAAUAUACGUGAGCGCGAGCGUGGACACGCCUUCGCCAUGCAUCACAGUGGUGCCGGCGUUGCAAAUGGCGGCAGCUACAGCACAACGGAAACACGCAUACGCCAAGAGGAAGGCACCAAUGAGACUACAAUUAUCGGCUAUUUACGGCUAUACAAUGUGAGCUAUGCGAAUGCAGGGCGCUACCAGUGUGUGGUCUCCAACGCCUUCGGCACUACAUAUUCACAGAGAUUCAAAGUUUCCAUUGGCAUUCACCCCACCUUUUUGCAAGUGCCCUCAAAUCUCACCAUAGAUUCGGGCGAAACAGCGCGUCUGGUUUGCUCGGCCGCAGGGGACCCUACACCGGAAAUAGCUUUGCAGAAGUUCGGUGGCAGUGACUUUCCGGCGGCGACGGAACGCCGUUUGCAAGUCAUACGUGAGGAGAAUGCUUUCGUGAUCACCAAUGCGAAGCCGAUUGAUACCGGCAUUUAUACGUGCACAGCCGAAAGUGCAGCGGGUGAAAUAAAAGUCAAUGCCACCUUGAUUGUAAAUGACAAGCCGCAGCCCAAUAUACCGAUUGUGCGUAAAGAAACUGUGGUGGGUGAGUCGAGCGUGUUGCAGUGCCUGAGCGAACUAGCGGCCGAUUUGAGUCAGCCACAUCGUGAAUGGUUCAAAGACAACAAGCCAUUCCAUCUGGGCACGCUCAGCGCCGACUCGGAGCGUUACUUUUUCACCUCCGAACAUGAACUCUUGGUCAUUGUCAAUACAGAGUCGGCCGAUGCGGGCCAUUACCGCUGCGAAAUUAGCGACAACUCGAAGACGUACACCGUGCAGACGGAGCUAAUUGUGGUUAAGGAAGAACUGAGUCAAAAUAUGAUAUUUUUCGGUGUGGUCAUUGUCGCCGCGCUCUGUGUGCUCAUCAUUGCCUUGGUCAUAUUUGCGUUGUGCCUGCAUCAGCGUCGCAAAGCAUUCAAACGCCGUCAACGUGAAGCUUGCCAAAUCGCAAAUAGCACAAGUGGCGCACCAAGCGGUCUGCUGUCGGGUAGCGCUGGCCUCAUAGCCGGUGGCACACGCAUUGCCUCGACCAGCACACAACUACUAAACAGUAGUCGCGGCAGCGCAUUGGAUCAAACACAACUCACCACACUCAACCGCACACUGCUGCAUAAGUCACAUGCGGACGCGCAGCGACAGCGACCAAACAGCCUGGGUGAUUUUGAGGCCGACGCAGCUAACAAUGGCGCUAAUGUGGAGCAUGGUAGUCAGCGACAACCCCACCAAAACUUGAUUAUCACGCAUACACCCAACUACCAGCAGCUGUUGCAGCAACAUGCCGGCGAUGACAUUGACAACGAUGCUGAGCACUUCACAUUGUCGUACCUGAAGCGCAUUUCGUUGGCCGACAACGCAGGCGUUGCCGCUGACCAUAGCCAAGAUCAUCUAUCGAGCAAGGAUUCUGGUACCGGCUCGGACACGGCGGUUAAACGUAGCAUAGAAGAUUUCACUAUAAGCGGACUCGCGCCAACAACAACAACAACAGGUAGCUUGCAACGCACUACCGAUUGCGGCACAACGCCGGUCAAUGGCGACAAGCCAACACACGCACAUCGUGGCAAUGUUUACCGCGACGACGGCUUGGGUGAUUCCUAUCCAGCGGAUGAUGGCGGCGACAUGGACGAUGCGGAUUUGCUCUACGCAGCAACGCAUGCGUUGGGCGUUUCAGAAUGUGAUGUGGAGUUGUUGGAUUUCGAUAGACACAGGGCGGCCACGAUGCGCAUCGACGACAAGGACACGCAUGCCGAAAGAGAAACCGACACAGACGCGGACACUGAGGCGGCCAAUGAGCGCACACACUUCCUAAACAAACCGAAUUGUGUCGACAAUGACAACACACGUGCGCAUACGAAUGCCAAUCACGAGCGACAGCAACGCUACGAACGUUUACCGAUCACUGCGAAAAUGCACUUUCCCUCCAGCUAUAGCGGCAAUAGCUUUGAUGGCGGAGGAAACAACGCCGCAACGUCAAAUAAUCGCAAUGCGUUCAAUGGCAAUUGUAAAACCAAUUUGAGUGCAGCAAAUGCCACAAACAAUGCGGCGCAUGCGCAAACCGUUGAUAUUUAAACCAACAACUGGGACAAAGCGUAAAGUUGCAGCACACAUACACGCCAUAUGUGUGUGUCCAACCAGUGAUGAUAGUACACCAAAAAAUAAGACUGUAGUUCAUAAAAUUUAUAGUACACACACACAUACACACACAUCCGUAAUACAAAUAUAUACCUAUGCAGUUAUAUAAGUUGUUGGGAAAGUUGCAAAUGGCCACGCCAAAUAUGGAUUGCAUGUGGCAGCUUGUCUACCAUAGUGUCAUAUUGAUACUAGAGAGCAUAUUUCUCGUGUACAUAACCCUACUUACAUUCGAAACUACACGGUGCAUAGCCAAGUGAACUGUCCGAGCAGCUACACAAAGUGUCAUAAGCGUCAGCGUACGCCGCAUUGUGUUGCGCUUUUCAAGUAGUACAAAUUUCCAUGAGGUGUAAAUAAAUCAACUAACUGUUUUUCACGACUCCAUAUGACAGUCGGGUCUAAACGGCAGUGAGCCAGAUUUUUAUUCGACCGAGCGUUGUCAACUCAGCAGCAUUUCGCUAAAUUACUGCAGUGAUUUGCUUUUUUGCCGCAACAACAACAACUCCAUACUAAUUGCCGACUUGCCGCUAUGCUGUUGAGUGGAGGAAAGUGCACGCCAGCGUUGACCAACUAGGGAGGAAGUGUUUUGAAAAAAAUAGCGACGCGUGUGGUUUUUAAUGCAUAAAACAAAUUGUUGCACACCACACCGCUCCCACCGCUUCCUCGAUUUGGCGCGUUGCCGCAGUUAAUUUGUUUUUGUUUACGUGUUUUGUUUGUUCUCUUCUUAUUUCUAUGCUAAAUUAAUAUAAUUUUUAUAUACAUAAAUAAGUUACAGCUAAACAUUUCAUUGUGAUAUUAUUUAUUACGCUAAUUUAAAUUAUUAUUUCAAUAAAAAACAAUAUAUAAAUGUUCAUACACAGUAAUAAUAGUAAUAAUAUAUAUACUAUCAAAAAAUGGCUAUAGACAUUAUAUGCAAACACUAUUUAAUGCUAAUAUGUACUAUUAGCAGCUAGCAUAGUUAGUUUUAAGCCUUAAUAUAAGCUUGAACAUUUUAGGUUAAGUUGAAAGUUAUGCCAAACCACCUAAUUAAUUGCACGCAUUGUAUGCAUUGCUUUAAGUAAACAUAAUUUUAGGCAUUAAAACACUGACAAACGCAUAUGUAGCCACCACAU